AUGAGCGAUCUCGAAGAAGACUCAAUCACUUGGACAAUGGCAGAAUAUGGCCAGUUUCAAAAUGAAUUGCUUAACCUCAAGCACGAAAACCAAAAACUCAAAUCAAAUAGCGAGCGCUAUGAAGAACUCAUAAAAUUAGCACCAAACCCAUACUUUGAAAUAAUUAAUCUCCGCAAAGCACUUGAUGAAAAAUCUAAGCCAAAAGACGAUCCUUCCAAACUUAAAUUUCCUUUAUUUUCUCGGCAAAUUGCAUUACUCCCCCAUCCUUGAUCGAACGACUCGCCAUCGUUCGAUCAAGGAUGGGGGUUAAAAAAAAAUUUUUUGGGGAAAAAUAUUUUUUUUUUUAUAUUUUUAAUUAAGAGGGUUAAGAGUAUUUAAUAAUUAUUUUUACAGCAAAAAAUUGAAUUAAUUUCAUAAGAAUACCAACUUUUAAUAUUUUGAUUUUUGGUUACCCCUUUAAACUUUAUAAAUUUUGAUUUGUUCUUUAUUGAAUUUUUGAUUUUUUUUUUUAAAUUUUAGAGAAUCUCUAUUUUUAGAUUUAUUGAGUUUUUAAGCCUAGAUUGAUGACUAAAUCACUUCGAAUGGUUGAUUUCGUAGCUUUCUGUCGUCUCAAAGCCUCUGAAAACAACUUCAUUAGGCACAUUUCCCAAGCUUUUGAUAACUAAUAUAUUUUUAUAAAUAUAUAAAAAUUUCAUGAUAUGAAAAUCGUUCGAUCAAGGAUGGGGGGAAUUUUUACAGUCAAUCGUUCGAUCAAGGAUGGGGGAGGGGAGUUAGAAUGUUUAAAGAAAGUCAGAAAAGAAGAAUUGCUUACUGAUGAUCAGGAACUUUUAUUAGAACAAUUAUUAGCAAUUUUUGAACAUAUGUGGCCUAAAGGUGGACAAGCAGAUACAGCAAGGCCGAAUGAGAGCACAAUAGAAGAUAUAUCUAGUAAAGCUGAGCAAAAAAGAGUUUCUGAUCUGAAUGGAAAAUUAAAACUCUCUUUAGAAGUCUUAUUCUUUAUUUAUAUAAAAAUAAAUCAAAUUUUAUUAUUUUUUUUUAAAAAAAUAAUCUUUAUAUAAAGGCAUAGAAGAAAAAUGCAAAGCAAUAGAAAUCGCCUUAGACUCAACCGUUAAAGAAAAUAAUGAUUUAAGAAUAAAAAAUUCUCAGCUAGAAAACCAAAAAGAAACACUUAUAAUUGACCUCGCAAAUCGUGAAGAAGAAGUAAGUGACGCCAGACAAGCUUUAAAAGAAAAAUACGCUAUAGAGUGCUCAAGGGAAGAACUAGAUUUAGAAAACAGCAAGUUGAAAAGAAAUUUAGAAAAAUUAGAGCAAGAAAUAAAAGAAUUAAGAGGAAAUGGAGCGAUUACGCUUAAAGAAGAAAUUAAAGGGCUUAUUAAAGAAAACCAAGAAUUAAAAAAAUCAUUUGAUGAACUCAAAGGAAAUGAGCAUUUAUUGCAGAUUGAAUAUAACAAUUUAAAAAAUUCAGCAAGAGAUAAUAUGCAAGAACUGGGAAAUAUUUCAUUUAAAAAUAAAGAGUUGGAAAAUAGAAUAAAAAAUCUUGAAGAAAUUAAUAAAAAAUUACAAAGUGACUAUGAAGACGCAAAAACUGAAAAACAAAUAGUCCAGAAAAGGAGCAUGCAUGAUUUAAAAGACUUAAAAAAUCAAUAUUCCAAAGAAAAAAGUAUGCAUGAGCAGUGCAAGCUUGAAAAAGAAAGGCUUCUGCAAGAGCUAAAAGGAGCCCAAGGGAGAAGUCCGAAAACUAGUAAUGAGCCAAUGAGUUUUCAAGAGAAAAUUAUUGUUGAAGCACUUUCGCAUAGAGUCCAAGAGCUUGAGCAAGAGUUGAUUGAAAAUCAAAAUAAAGCGGCAGAUUAUGAUGAAAUGGCUAGAAAUUUUGAAAACUUGCAAAAAGAAAAUGAGGAUCUGAAGGCAGAGAUAAAUAAACUGCAAACUGAUAUUGGGACGCAUAAUAAAAUUAUGGUAUUAUUAGAAUAUGAGGUUUAUUUUACCUAGUAGGUUUAUUCCUGCUAAGUCCCCCUCUCCGUGAGCGAACAAAAAAAUUUUACAUAAAUAUUUACUUUUCAAUUUUUACGAACAGGAAUUUUUUUAAAUUUUGAAAAAAAUUUAAUCUAAAAUUUAUAUAUAAUUGUUUUAAAAAAAAAUUAGAGGAAUAUCUAAAAGGACCUUGUUGAGCAUCUCAAUUUCCAACCACAGAAAGCAGCCAAAGCCUACCCAGAUACACAUCUCUCGAGCCCGCACUUGAUUAUCGAGUCCGUCCCAGCUCGCCGUAGUCAUAAGGUCUGUCUGUUGCGCCUAGAUAGCAAGCUAAGACGUGUUGCCAUUCUUAUGUAUAGAAAUUGCCUGAUGAUGGCGCUCAAUGCGCUAUCAUAAUGCAAUCAGUAUAUAUUGGUAAGGGUGACACAUCUGCGGGCUGAAUGAAAAUGGCAUGAAAACCAUAUAGCAAUAUGGAGGCAUCUAGAGAUAGGCUACUUGGUUUCAAAUAAUACAAAUUAAUAUAAAAUAAGAUAUCGGGAUGCUUGGAGCUCAGUUUAAUGAAAUAAUGAGAAAUAAGUCAUAUGCAUAA